CCAAGGUCUGGCCUCCACACAAGUCGCUUAGGAUUACUUGGGAUUAGCGGAAAAUGGCUAAGGGAUUCAUUCUGGUCCUCCUCGUCGCCGUCUGGCUGAGCGGUAGUGUCAGCGGACAAAGGGACCACCCGCGAGGUCGUUCCUUCGAUCCCGAAGAUCAUCCCAUCAAGUAUGCCGAGGAGCAGCAGACGCAAUACUGGGUGGACAAGGCCCAGGCCAAGCUGCUCUCCAAACUGGCCGAAACUCAGGCAGCGCAAACAAACAAGGCCAAAAAUGUGAUCCUUUUCCUGGGCGACGGCAUGUCCGUGCACACGGUGACUGCCACUCGGAAUCUGCUCGGCGACAGUGCAGAGCAGGUGUACUUCGAGGGCUUCCCGUACACGGGUCUGUCCAAGACGUACUGCGUCAACAGGCAGGUGGCGGACUCCGCAUGCACGGCCACCGCCUAUUUAGGCGGCGUCAAGGGCAACUACGGAACCAUUGGCAUAAACGCAAAUGUAGUCAGGUACAACUGCGAUGGCGACCGACAGGAGGAGAAUCAGGUGAUGAGCAUUGCCCAGUGGGCUCAGGCGGCAGGCAAGAAUGCGGGUCUGGUGACCACCGCCCGCGUGACACACGCCUCUCCGGCCGGCGUUUAUGCUCACACCGCGGAUCGCAACUGGGAGAACGAUUGGGAGGUGGCCAACAGGAAUUGUGAUCCCGAGCAGACAAUCGACAUUGCUCGUCAGCUGGUGGAGCAACCGGUGGGCCAGGGCCUCAAGGUGAUCCUUGGCGGUGGCCGUCAGAACUUCAUCAACACCACAGUGAACGAUGAAGAGGGUUAUCCCGGCUAUAGAACCGAUGGCCGUCACUUGAUCCGCGAUUGGUUGGCCCAGAAAAAUGAAGCCAAUGUCUCUGCCAACUAUGUGUGGAGUCGCAAGGGUCUCAGCCUGGUGGAUCUGGACAAUACGGACUAUCUACUGGGCCUGUUUGCCAGAUCCCACCUGCCCUACAAUGGAGAUAGGAACCGGAAGCGCAGCCAGUUGGCGGAUCCUUCACUGAGCGAGCUGACAGAGGCCGCCAUCAAGGUGCUGCGACGCAACGACGAGGGAUUCUUCCUGUUUGUCGAGGGCGCCCGUAUUGAUAUGGCUCAUCAUGACACCUAUGCCCGGAGAUCCCUUGAGGACACCGCCGAGUUUGCCAAGGCUGUGCAAGUGGCCCGCGAGCUUACCUCCGAGGAGGACACCCUAAUCGUGGUCACCGCCGAUCAUGGGCAUGUCAUGUCCAUCAAUGGAUAUCCGUUCCGCGAUCAGGAGAUCACUGGCUUGGCUCAGCUGGCGGAUGAUGAUCUGCCCUACACGAUCCUCUCGUAUGCCAAUGGACCUGGCUUCAGCUCCGCCUAUAAUCGCGCCGAGGGCCGGGCCCUGCUUAAGGAGAAGUUGACGGAAGACCCGGACUUCCGACAUCCCACACUGGUUCCGCUGGAUGCCGAGUCCCACGGAGGCGAUGAUGUGCCGGUGUACGCCUCAGGACCCUAUGCUCAGUACUUCAGUGGCAACUACGAGCAGAGCAACAUUCCAGCCCUAAUGGGACGCGCCGCUGGCAUCGGUCCCUAUGCCUAGGAUCUGUUGGGUUCCCAGCAUAUGUAGUAUUCAUGUAUCCACUCCUGGUCGGGAGGAACCAAUUAAAAUGCAUUAGAGCUAAA